AGUGACGGCGUCGGCCAUCCCUCCCCCCCCCCCACAGCUCAUUCACAGCCAGGCGCUUCGUCCUGUCCGCCGCAGUGAGCGACCAGGGUGAUGUGGGAGAGAGCGUUUUCCUCUAGCGCGACCCCAAAGCAAGUGGAUUUCUGAGGGAUUUAUUCUGCAGUCGGGUGGAGCGAGAGAUUGGGAGCUGCGCCCCAGAAUUUGCCUCGCCGCUGUUAUUCCCAGGUGCGAAGGAUGAGGAAGUGAGGAUGCUCCCUGUGCUGAUCGCGACGAUGGGUGGGCUGGCAGAAGCCUCCAACACGUCCAGGGACUACUGCUACUCCGCCCGCAUCCGCAGCACAGUGCUGCAGGGGCUGCCCUUCGGCGGGGUCCCCACUGUGCUCGCCCUCGAUUUCAUGUGUUUCCUGGUUCUGCUGUUUGUGUUCUCCAUUUUAAGAAAGGUGGCCUGGGAUUACGGGCGCUUAGCCUUAGUGACGGAUGCAGACAGACAGAGGAAAAGGUUCAGCGGCCUGGAGGAACAGGAAUACGUGGCCUCAGCUCUCCACUCAGAAACCCAGGAUCGAUAUGAACGACUGACAUCUGUCUCCAGUUCAGUGGACUUUGAUCAGAGAGACAAUGGUUUCUGUUCUUGGUUGACCGCAAUCUUCAGAAUAAAGGAUGAGGAGAUCCGGGAGAAGUGCGGAGGGGAUGCUGUGCACUACCUUUCCUUCCAGCGGCACAUCAUCGGCCUGCUGGUGGUUGUCGGGGUCCUCUCUGUGGGGAUCGUCCUGCCUGUGAACUUCUCAGGAGAUCUGCUGGAAAAUAAUGCCUACAGCUUUGGACGAACCACUAUUGCUAACUUAAAUUCCGGGAAUAACUUACUCUGGUUGCACACUUCAUUUGCUUUCCUUUACCUGCUACUGACAGUGUACAGCAUGAGGCGCCACACCUCCAAAAUGCACUACAAAGAAGACGACCUGGUGAAGCGCACUUUAUUUAUUACUGGGAUUUCAAAAUAUGCUGAAGAAAAUCAAAUUAAGAUGCAUUUUGAACAUGCCUAUGAUAACUGCAAAGUCCUGGAAGCGCGGCUGUGCUACAACGUGGCCAAGCUGAUGUCCCUUGACGCUGAGAGGAAAAAGGCAGAGCGCAGCAAGAAGUUCUUCACAGACUUGAUGGAAAAAGAGCACAUGUGCACCAUGAUCAACCCCAAGCCCUGCGGUCACCUCUGCUGUUGUGUUAUCAAGGGCUGUGAGGAGGAGGAGGCUGUCAGUUACUACACCAAGCUGGCAGCCAAGCUGAAGGAGGAGUACCGCACGGAGAAGGAGAAGGUGAACACCAAGCCCCUGGGGAUGGCCUUCGUCACGUUCCAGAACGAAGCCAUGACUGCGAUCAUCCUGAAGGAUUUCAACGCCUGCCAAUGCCAGGGCUGCAAGUGCAGGAGGGAGCCCAGGUCCUCUACACACAGCGAGAGCCUCCAUGUCCACAACUGGAAUGUCACCUAUGCUCCCGACCCCCAGAAUGUCUACUGGGAGCACUUGUCUCUGGGUGGCCUGUCUUGGUGGCUCCGCUGUUUGGUCAUCAACUGCAUCCUCUUCCUCCUGCUCUUCUUCCUCACCACCCCUGCCAUCAUCAUCACCACCAUGGACAAGUUCAACGUCACCAAGCCUGUGGAGUACCUGAAUAACCCCAUCAUCACCCAGUUCUUCCCCACUCUUCUGCUGUGGGCCUUCUCUGCUCUGCUGCCCACCAUCGUCUACUACUCCGCCUUCUUCGAGGCCCACUGGACAAGGUCUGGAGAGAACAGGACAACAAUGCACAAGUGCUACACUUUCCUCAUCUUCAUGGUUCUCCUCUUACCCUCACUGGGGCUCAGCAGCUUGGAUCUUUUCUUCCGGUGGCUCUUUGACAAGAAAUUCUUGGCGGAUGCUGCCGUUCGCUUUGAGUGUGUCUUCCUCCCAGACAACGGGGCCUUCUUCGUGAACUACGUCAUCGCCUCGGCCUUCAUCGGAAACGCCAUGGACUUGUUGCGCAUCCCUGGGCUGCUGAUGUACAUGAUCCGCCUGUGCCUGGCCAGGUCCGUGGCUGAGCGGCGCAACGUGAAGCGGCACCAGGCGUACGAGUUCCAAUUUGGGGCCGCCUAUGCCUGGAUGAUGUGCGUCUUCACGGUGGUGAUGACCUACAGCAUCACCUGUCCUAUUAUCGUGCCCUUUGGUCUAAUGUACAUGCUUCUGAAGCACCUGGUGGACAGGUACAACCUGUACUACGCCUACCUGCCAGCCAAACUAGACAAGAAGAUCCACUCUGGGGCUGUGAACCAGGUGGUGGCCGCGCCCAUCCUGUGUCUCUCCUGGCUCCUCUUCUUCUCCACUGUCCGCACAGGAUUCCUGGCCUCCACCUCCAUGUUCACCUUCGUGGUCCUGAUCAUCACCAUUGUGAUCUGCCUUUCUCACGUCUGUUUUGGCCAUUUCAAAUACCUCAGCGCCCACAACUACAAGAUUGACACCCAGGAGACGGGAGUUGAUGGUGUUGAAAAUGGUCGUCCUCCUCGAUUUUCCCCCUCCAACAAAUCUGCACAGACGUUGUACAUCGCUCAGGUCCUGCAGGACCCGAAUUCAGACGAGACGGGGGCAGGCAGCGGGGAGGAUGACGGCCAGGGCUCCUCUCAGGAUGAGGAGAUGAUUAACGCAGGGAGCAGCAUCAACGAGGGGGACUUCCAGUCAGGAGAAGACAGCCUCAUAGCCAACGAGGUUCACCAGUAGCAGCUGGUGCCGGGGCGAGAGGCCGAGGGGAAAGAAGGACCAAGCACAGUACUGAUGAACAUCACCACAACACUAAACCCACAGUUCACCUGGAGACGGAGACCUGCGGCACGAGUCUGCUCCGCUCCUCUGACUCCCGGCGGAGCCGCAGGGUGUAAGGCAGGCUGGAAGGCCCUGCGCAGCUCUGCGUGGCCGGGGAGGGGCCUCCUCUCUCUGGCGUUUGUCCGUCCAGAGGAGCGGCGCAGCAGGGCGGCAUUGAACAUGUAAAGAUUCUUUUUUCUAACACUGUCAACCUUCACAAAACAAAAACAAAUCAGGAAAUUUUUAUCCAGAGAGUCAAACUGCGGUGAUAGACUGUUUUAGAUUUCACCGAUAGGCUAAAUUUCAAUUAUCCUGGGUGACGAGGGUUUUGCCCUUUGUAUUUAUGAGUUAACACUAAUAAGCUCUGAGGUUGUGAAUAUUGUAUUCGUCCACACUUUAUUUAUUUUUAAUGCGAUGUAGCAACUUGUUCAUCGUCUCCAUAAUAGAAACAUGCUAAAGGAAGAACUGUUUUCCAGUUUAGCGCCUCUUGUGGCCUGGGCAGCCAGCCAAGACCGGGCACAGUGUGACGCCCUGCACGUUCAGAAUAUACUGUAGAGGCCGCAACAUUGAUUUCUGUCAUUGUGUUUUUUGCGGGUUUUCUUGGGAACACUACUGCUUCGCUUCUCUGUAUUUGUGUGAAGAAAACCUCCCCAGUAAUGGUCUUGUUCCAUUACUGAAAACAGACAAAAAGGAGAAGUGAAAAUACUACUGUCUGUACACUGACCAGAAAUGUGUGUGAGGUACUCAGUGUGCUAUGGACCCAGGGCCACCUUUUGCACUUUAGUGUUUCAGAUCCUUGUAUUCUGAAAUCGUGGGUAAUUCUGUAGCACAACAGGGACUGUCCUCUAUAUAUAUAACAGGCAAAGCUUACAAGCACUGAUCGUGAUAGAUGGUGAGAGGUGGGGAGUAGCAGGUGUCACACACUGGAGGUGUCAGUGCAUGCGUGAGCCAAAGGCCAAUAUAUUCGUCAAAAAUAGAGGUUUCUCUUCAAAGAAUAUUAAGAUGCUAUUGACCUUACACAAACAUCAUCACUCCUGACAAAUGAAGCUGGCAGUUUUCAAUUCUGUGGUAUCUUUUAGUAUUACCAUUAAUAGAUAGCAAAACCUUUAAUGCAGAUCAUGAUUUUUUAGCACUUUUAUUUGACAACAUUUUCAAGUAGUGGCUUCAUCAUGCUGAUGAGAAUUUUUUUUUACCUUUAGUUUUGAGACUAAUUUUGCUUCUGUGUGGAGAUAUGCCAAAUACAUUUCCAUCUCAUUUCAGUUCACUAACUGCCAGCUUCAUCCUGCAGAUCGGAGUCGGCAUGGUUGAGCUUUUCUGUUUGUCUGUUUUUUUAAAUAUGCCUUCAUGGAUGCUUGCAUGCUAGUUUCCUCUCCAUUGUUCUCCUGUUUGAUUCACAUUGUCUGUCCUUUGCUGCAGCCACACAGACGCCAGUACUGGACACGAUUAACCAGUGUCAGUCUCACUGAUUAAGUGUAAAAUACCUUUUGUGUCGCAGACAUAAGAGGGGCCCGGCUCAGGCUGCCUCUGCCUGUCUUUGUAGUACACCUGUUUAAAGGUUCACUUCUGAAGCAGGGGAAAGCUGACUUAGAGUAUUUCCUUCAUGACAUGAGAAAAGAGGAGGGUUAGUAAGGCAGUCUCAUCCAUCUCCAGUACCAGUUGAGUCUUACAGCUCAGUGUGGAAAAUGUGGAAUGUGGAGAACUUGCUGACAUCUUCAGCCGAUAGCUGAGUGGGAGAGAGAAUCUGACCUCAUGAUUAUAAAUCAUCCCUCUCUAUUCAGUUACUUUCAAAUUUGUGCUGUUUGGGGGGCUGAGUAGUGGGUGAGUUUGAUUGAAAUGCUGAAACUGCUCAGGGAGCACGGCAGCAGGGGAGCAUCUUCAGCACACCCACACUGUCAGGAAACAGCAGUGAGAUCCUGUCCCUCCAGGAUUCCACAGCUGGGCUGUACGUCUCGUCUUUCCUUUGGAAAAAUCUAGCUCACGCAUGAGGUCAGCAGUGUUGUUCUUGCUUCAGUGUAUUAUGAUCUUUAUGAAAGAUGUUUUCUUUGUUUUCAGUUUGAAGUGCUAACCUUUAAACCUUAACUAAUGGAAAUAUACUACUGCACUUGAAUAUCAUAUUCCUGUUCUUUCUAAUGUAUAAGAGAAGAGGUUUUUCAGUGUAUUUUAUUCAUACUUUGUUAAAACAAUAGUUAUCCUGCUGUCCAGUGACUGCACUCUUUCCUUUUGUUUGGCCCCAAUACCAUGAACAUAUAAAUAGAUUUUAUAUAUUAUUUUUAGAUUGAUGAAUACAUAUUCUUUUCAAUGUGUAAUAGUACUGUAUUUGGCAAUGAUGAUGCCAUGCUAUGUACUAAUUUAGAGGUAGGAAUAAAACAAUGUUUACAUUUUGAUAAUGCUUUCCCUAAGAAAUUGUUGGGUUGUUUAGACACCAGAACAUUCUGUGGUGUUUUCAAAAUUAAAAUGUACAAAUACUGAUAACGGGCAUAAACAGAAGAUAUAUUUUCUAAUCUUAUUUAACUGAAGUUUCUCAAGAAUUAUUUGUAAGAUUAGAUUCUUACAUACUAUGAAAAAUUUGAUAGAAAAUCAAAAGAUGUAUUCUAAGAAUCUGUGUUAUGCUCAAAGAAGCCAUUGCAAAGAGUAGCAUGCUGAGUUUCAUUUAGAAGACAUAUGCCUCAAACAGUAAUUUGGCAGUUUGGUCGCGCACUGCAGGGUCUCUGAUGGCAUUAAAUAAGGAGGAAUCAUUUUAAUGAUAUUCAUGAGAGGAGAAAGUGAAAAGAUUUUACUUACAGGCACAAGUACUCUGUAAGUAUUGGACAGGCAAAUCAAGAUGAUUUUGGUUAUUGUUUGUAAUACUUUGAGUUAUCUAUUUCUGUUAUUCACCAUCUACAAACUGCAUGUUUAAAGUUGGCAUCAGAGCUGAGUGAUCCUGUAGGAGGAAGGGAGUUUUGUGAGCAGGGUUAGCUGGGUUUUUAACUCUUGAAAAAUGCUGUGCUCACAAGCAAGGGAGAGGUAUUCAGUAGUUGGAAGAGAGUUUUUUUGUAUUUUGGAUUCAAAAUAUGAAUCAUUAGACUAUAGUAUAUGAUUGGAAUAGCUACUGCUGUAAAUAAGAUGUUUAGACCAUAGCUAAACAGCUUGAUUUAACAGUAAGCCUACUAGUUCAAUAAUAAACAGAGUACUUUCCAAGAGUGUUCACAAUAUUCAGAAACACACCUGUCACUAUAACACUUAGGACUAUAUCCUUUGAAGAGGCAAUGUAUAGCCAUCGGACUGUAUUGAAGUACCUUGAAAGCAAGAAUGCAUUUUAUUUUGCUUUUGGUGUUGAUCAGUGAAAUAGCAAUCACAUUACAGGAAUAGAAGAUGACAAAAUAAUUUUUCAAGAAAACCUCCAUUCUAAAAUUUGAACAGCUACUUAAUAUGUCAUCUAUUGCACUGCCCUGGGCUUUCAAAAUAGAGAAGGACUGGGAAAUAUAUAGCACAAAUUCAGUUUGCAGUACCAAUGAUUGUUAGCAGUAAUUCUAGUGUUUAUCUGUAAAGACUUUGUGUACAGAGGUCUGCAGACUGCAGACUGCUGAGGUGUGAUGCAUAAAGAAUAAGGGAUCAAAACACUAGAGAGCUUUGAGAGCACCAUAGAACAUAUCCAAUCCAAAUAAAUAUUGCUAUGGAGAUCUUCUCUGCUUAUUUCCUGUAAACUGGAUAUUUUUGUCUUGGGUUGAAGAAGUUAAUAUAAAGGAUGUCUGAACAGGCCCAACAGCUUGUUCACGAAAGAGGCUCAGUCUUCUAGGUCUCCUGCAGCCACUAGAGGCUGUGUCCACUGUAUAUCCUCUGUGAUUUCCCUAUUAACUCCAGUAAUAUCUCCACGGUAAAGCUAAAGUUUUCCAUACGAAGAUGAGAAACCUGUGUGGUGAUUGCAUAAGGAACUUCCAAUAUGAGUUUGAUUAAUGAUUAGAUUUUCAGUUUUCUUUACAGUAUUUACAUUGCCACAUGCAAAUCACCAUGCGGCCCAUCGACAUAAUGUACCCAUAUAAAACUUCUUCCUUUAUAAUAACACUCAGGCCAAGUGGGGCUGAAAUCUUAACUCCUACAUUUGUUUUGACUGUUAACAGAUGUUUGCUAUUUUUUUCCAACCUUUAACAUUCCUAUUAAGAAAUCUGUAAAUUUUAAAAACCUUACAACUUGAGACAGUGGUGUUACCAAUGUUGGGGGAAAGUUACUUUUUAAAAGAAUCCUUAGUCCUAUUGUUUAAUAAUUACCUUUUUAAAAAAAUUAAUAAGAUGUAAGUGGAUAAAUAACUUUUAAACAUUAUCUGUUACAAUGAUCUUCUGUAUGUAGUAUAUGUAUACUUAUUGUGUGAAGUAACCUCUAAAAAGAAAUUGCCCCCAGAUUAUUACUUUUAAAAAGGUACUGGAAUACUUUACUCAAUUAUUUGUAAAUAAUUAGGGUUAAAAAUGUAGAGGAUUACUUUUUUCCCAAAACUGGGCGUCACCUUUUUAAGUAUGUGUUCUCUAAUUCAUAUUUGAUUUUAUGAGAGAUGACUGUAAAUCCUCUUGUGAGGCUCUAAAAUUACUGUGUUAAAAUGAACUAACCUGAAGUGUUUUUAGCCAGGUUAGACAUCUUUUCUGUUUCCCUUAAAAAAAACUUGAGUUUCCCCGAUUUUCUAGUUCAGGUCUCAUACCUGGAGCACAUCUGGAAUGAAAAGGAGAAGACACUGGUUAUCAAGGAGCCGGGUGGCCAAGUUUUUUCAUUAACUAACUUACAGUAUAAGUUUUUUCUAAAUGGUACUGACUUUACGCGAUACAGGCACAAAAGAGCUUUGAAAUAUUUUUGUGAACCAUACCAAAAGACAUAGACCCAGCUGCACAGAACACGUUGUAUGUUAAAGACUGAUUAUAGAAUAUGGAUCUUAUUUCCAUUUAAUUGGGUUUUUAAUUUCAAUAUUUUGUGCUCUCCUAGGAUCACUCACCUUAGUGUUCCCUGCAGCUGACCACCUCUACAUGUUUUGAACAGAGUGCUAUACACCUGAACACAUCAAAUCAGCCGCUAGCUGAGGCAAUAACAGCAGCUCCCUGCAUUGGCACAAUGUGCCAGUUCUGAGGUCACAAGGAUUUGUGACUGUUAUCUUAGGGUCAAAUGUAAUUAGCAGCCCAGAAGAAUUUUAUAGGGUUCUGUAUAAAAGGUAAAAGGGUUAUACGGGGUGUUCUGUAUAAAAGUGUUGAUCAGUGAAGGUGAGAGGCUGCAUGAAUGUGAAAUAAUUCUUGUAUAUAGUCUUCACUUAUGGCACUAUCAUUGUUAAAUAAAGGUAGUGUGUGUUAAUAAGUACAUAUGUACAGUUUAUGUAAGUGAUGAAUGGGAGGGGGGUAAGUUAACAUGUACAGGAUAGUCAAUUUGUUUUUGUUUUUCAAUUCUCUGCUUUUAAAUAGCUGUUUUGGUCUGCCAUACCAUCUGUCUUAGGAGUUUUAUUUUGUAAUUAAUUUGCAGUUUUAGUGGGUUGUUUUUUUUUGUCCUGAGGUUGUGUCUGUAUGGUGAUACAUUUGUAAACCUGUUUCAGUUCCUUGAACAAUAAAAUCAAUGUUCAUCCUUAA